GCUUAAUGUACUUUGGGUAGGAUGGGCAAGCUGAAGAGACUGGUAUCCAGGAGCUCGGCUUGAGAUGAAUAGAAUGGGAUACAAAUGAGUUAUCUCAUGGUGUGUGACUGGAUAAAAACUGGGCAAGGGGAUAAGACAUAAACUUUUAUUGUCUGGUUUGUAAUCUAUAAACCACUUUCUUGAGCUGGUUUAAAAGAUGUAAGAACUGACUAGGGUCCUUGUUUUAAGAGCGAGCCAUUUCCAGGCACAAACUUCAUCUCUACCCAUGGUGAGCCCAGAACAGAUGUUAGGGGAAGAACUGACGUCACGUAAGCGUGACGUCAUCAGCACUGACGCAGUCUCACGGGGAGGGGCCUCUCAGCUCACCUCAGAACGCAAUCAGCUCCACAGAGCAACGAGUUGGCCGCCUUCUACUCCACCCCGAGAGCCGGAAUAGUCAGAGCUACAGGAACCGAAGAGCCGAAGGAGCCCUGAACCGGUCACCUCCUUCCUUUCCUGCACCUCACCCACGCCUUCUCUAAGCCCCAGGCGCGGUCCAGCCGGCGGCGCGCGCACGGGCCUGUCGUUUGAGGCGGUCACGCGCACGCACGCGUGUGCGCACGCUCGUUCCCUUAGAACCCGGAAGUGCGCGGGAGAAGAGAGCCACGUGGGUGGAGGUGGAGCGCAGCUCGCAUGGGGGAGUCUAUCCCGCUGGCCGCCCCGGUCCCGGUGGAACAGGCGGUGCUGGAAACGUUCUUCUCUCACCUGGGUAUCUUCUCUUACGACAAGGCCAAGGACAAUGUGGAGAAGGAACGAGAGGCCAACAAGAGCUCGGGGGGCAGCUGGCUGUCGCUGCUUGCGGCCUUGGCCCACCUGGCCGCGGCCGAGAAGGUCUAUCACAGCCUCACCUACCUGGGGCAGAAACUAGGGGGCCAGUCUUUCUUCAGCAGGAAGGAUUCUAUCCGCACCAUCUAUACGUCUCUGCAUAAUGAGCUGAAGAAGGUGGUGACUGGCCGCAGUACCGUGGGCGGGGCCGCUCCUCAGGUGGAAGAACUCCUUUCCCACCUGUCAGAGCAGCUCUGCUUCUUUGUUCAGGCUAGGAUGGAGAUUGCAGACUUCUACGAGAAGAUGUACGCCCUCAGCACACAGAAGUUCAUCAAUGCUGAAGAGCUUGUUGGCCUUUUGGACACCAUUCUCAAGAAAUACAGCUCCAGAUUUCACCACCCAAUUCUCAGCCCCUUGGAGAGCAGUUUCCAGCUGGAGGUUGAUGUCCUGAGUCAUCUCCUGAAGGCACAGGCUCAGGUCUCGGAGUGGAAGUUCCUCCCCUCUCUGGUUAAUUUACACAGUGCCCACACCAAGCUGCAGACCUGGGGCCAGAUCUUCGAGAAGCAGCGGGAGACCAAGAAACAUCUGUUUGGAGGGCAGUCUCAGAAGGCCGUUCAGCCCCCACACCUUUUCCUCUGGCUGAUGAAACUCAAAAACAUGCUCCUUGCCAAGUUUAGCUUUUACUUUCAUGAGGCACUGAGCAGACAAACGACUGUUUCAGAAAUGAAAACGUUGACUGCAAAAGCUAACCCAGACCUUUUUGGAAAGAUUUCCAGCUUCAUCAGGAAAUACGACGCUGCCAAUGUGUCCUUAAUUUUUGACAACAGAGGUUCAGAGAGUUUUCAGGGUCACGGCUACCACCACCCCCAUUCCUACAGAGAGGCUCCUAAGGGUGUGGACCAGUACCCAGCUGUGGUGUCCUUGCCCAGUGACAGACCUGUCAUGCACUGGCCCAAUGUCAUCAUGAUCAUGACGGACCGCACAUCUGACCUGAACAGCUUGGACAAAGUGGUCCACUUCUAUGAUGACAAAGUCCAGAGUACCUACUUCCUGACUCGUCCAGAGCCUCACUUUACCAUUGUUGUUAUUUUUGAGUCAAAGAAGUCUGAGAGAGACUCCCACUUUAUUUCCUUCCUCAAUGAGCUCUCACUUGCCCUUAAGAACCCCAAAGUUUUUGCAAGUCUGAAACCUGGGUCCAAAGGUUAGCAGACUAUUUAUAUGAAAGGCUUUAAAGACUGGUAACUGUGUUCUUAAUUGCUGUAAUAAUUCACAGUGGUCUGUGAUUAGAGUUUAUAUCCAUUCAUUCUUCUUUCAGAGCUGAAUUAAAGACAGAUUCUCCCUAAUUGUCUUGCACACUUUGUAAGCAAUUAAGGCCAAUUGAAUUAAGUAUCCAAAGAGUAAUCCAGGAAGUGAUCAUGGCUACUGUGUAUUUCCAUGGAAUGGCAGAAUAGUUUCAGUAUUUUCCCCCUAUUUUCCUGUGUUUCAUGAAAGUAAGAUGGAAUACUUACUGGCCUUUGAUUUUUGUUUCCAGAUGUUUUAUAUUGUUCUCAACAUUGUGUUCUACCGUGGUUCCAACCACCCACUCCCUUCUUCUUCUUCCUAGAAGAGUAAUUGGGGUAAGAUAUUAAAUGGCCUUUUUGGAAUUAACAACUGUAUAUUUUUUCUCUCAUAAAUUAGGAGAUCAAAAUAGAGUUAUUAGUUUUGUGAUUCUGAUUUGUAAAUUGUUAUUUUUAUGCCAAAAAUUAAGGUCUUGGUAAGAAAUUUCUAUCAGCUAUUAAAAUUGAAGACGAAUCCCAGUGGUAGUAGAGCAUCAGAUUUUAACAGUUCAGAAGACCCUCAUGGCAACUUUUGGGGUGACCUACAUACCAAACUGCUUUUUUUUUUUUUUUUUAACCUUUAUAAAAAGUUUCAAUUUUUUGCUGUGUUUUGAAGUCAGCAAAAUACAUUAUAUGGAGUUUCUUCACUUUUCAGCAUAUUACCUGCUUGGCUGUUUAUCACCUUUCUGCUAAAGUGUUCAUGUUUGGCUCCAUUUCCUGGUUAUUUUUAGGCUUAAAAAAGCAUGCAGUCUGGUUUUUCAGCCACCUUUAGAUACUCGUGCAACUUAGCCCACUUUUAUGAAAUAAAAAUGAAGGUCUCGACACUUUAUACGUGCUAAAAAUCAGUUGUACAUUCAAAAGCCCUCUUCAUACUUGAGUAAUCAACUCAGUACUUGAGCACAUCUGAACUUGGGUUUCAUGCCUGUCCCCUACAAAUUAUUUUAGAACUAGUGAUACAUUUUAACAUAUACUGCCUUAACACUUUCCUUUAGUCAGCGUUCAUGGGUAACUAGAUGAAUCAAUUAAGGCACAAUGGGCUGUGGAGACCUUCAUAUCUAGGUUUAUUGAUUCGGAAUAAAAAUAAGCCACAAAGGGUAAUGGAGCUGUCAUUGUUUGGUAGUUUCUUCAAAGUUCGUGUGAAAUGUAAUUGUCAGAUCAGUCCUAUUUCUGAUGGUUGUAUGGAGCCACUAUUUCACUGGAUGUCCACAGCAGGCAUGCAGGCAGCUUAGGUGGACACCGGAGAGCCUCUUCAAGACAGUGUAGGAGGCCUACCGACCUCAGACUGGACUAUCUACCUGGUGGAGGAGCCCACUGGCCUAAUUUCUGGGGAGAGCAUGCGUUUUUUUCUUUUUUAAUCAACGUCUUGUGAUUUGCAAAAAAAAAAAAAAAAGCCGGUUUACUUUAAUUGGAAAGUAGUGAUUUACCUCAGCAUUUUUUUAUUCACUUAGCCCCUAUAAAAAUCUGAACAGACAUUACAACAUUGACCUUAUGUAAAAAAUUGAAAACAGUUGGAACUAAAAAAAUCAUUUUUUGUGCUUUGCCAAGAAGCUUAAAAACGCUCCUUGUGUGUAUAGUUUUUUUUUUUUUAACCUAGAUAACACCACCAUUAGCCUUAGUGAAAUGGUCUCCCGUGUACGUAAAAGAAAAUAUGCCUCAGUGGAUCACAGAGAGGGGUAUAAAUAAAACAUAUAUACAGUAUCUAAAUAACCAGUCCUUGCCUAAGACGUAUUUGAAUUGCAUGUUUAUUUUUAAAUAUAUUUUGAUUCAAGCCAAGGAACAAAGUCAUUUUACUCUGAGAUUUAUCCUGUAAAUUCAGUAAUGAAAUCUUUUGUAAAGUCCAUGUUUUGUACAUUGGAAGAGUAAAUCUGCAUAUUUUCUGCAGAGUUCUAACUUUAAAAUUUGUUUCUAAAACACAAGUUCAUAAAUUUUUAUGGAAAACUAGGAAUAGUCAACACUUAAUGAGUUUGCCAACGAGUCCAUCAAGGAGUGUUCCUCCUAGGAUGUUGUUUAGACACAGGGUGAACAUUUAUAGCUGUCUUCUCUUGGGUCCAUCUGUUAAAUCUGAAUAUGUCAUUUUAGGGAGUCUUAUGAAAAUAAAGCCUAAUUGUCAACUGAGGAGCCGAUACCGUUUAAAUAAUUGCUUUAUGCAUUUGGACAAAUUGGGAAAAAUUUACUUUCAAGAGAAUAAAUAGUUGCUAUUUCAGUGUAUUUCCAGAAGGUUUACUCAGGUGAUCUUUAAAAUAUGUCCACCCUUUGAUCUGGCAGCAAGCUUGCAGUUCUAUUUCUUUGGCAGGUCAGCCUCUGAGCUUGACUUUCUUAUCUGUUAAAUUGGGGUAAGGAGACUGGGGCUGCCUUUUUCAAAGGAUGGUGUAAGGAUGGAAUGAGAUCAUGCAUGUGAAAAAUUUUACCAACCUAAUUGGGUUUGAAAGCUGUGUAAAUAAUAGAUGAAUCCAAAACCAAACCAAACCUGUUGCGGUCAAUUCUGACUCAUAGUGACCCUAUAGGACAGAGUAGAACUACCCCAUAGGGUUUCCAAGUUUGUAAUCUUUACAGAAGCAGACUGCCACGUUUUUCUUUCGCAGAACUGCUGGUGGGCUUCCACCAUAGACCUUUCAGUUAGCAGCCAAGUGCUUAACUAGUGCGCCACUAGGGCUCCUUCAAAAGAUGGACCACUCUUCCGUUAAAGUCAACACCUCUCCUGUUCUUUCUUUUCACAUCUGUGGCAAACCUGUGCUUUGUCAUUAAAUUAGAACAGUACUUAAAGAACUGGUUUAGGAGAGGAAAAAAGAGGAGGCAAAUAAAUUCCUAACUAACCUACCCAUUCUUCUUUCUUUAAGAAUCUUUGUGGUUCUUUGUUCCCAAGUUUUUAUGGUUGGUUGAUAGUGUCAUUUCAGUUCUUCUGUAUUCUUACUGAUUUUUUUUUUUUUCUAGUUUAUCAGUUGUUGAGAGAGGUGUGUUAAAAUCUCCAACUGUGAUUGUGGAUUUGCCUGUUUAUUACUAUCAUAUUUUGCAUCGUGUAUCUUGAAGCCCCUUUAUUAGGCUCGUAUAAGUUUAUAAUAUGUAUGUCUUUCUGAUUAACCUUUUUAUAAUUAUGAAGCUUCCUGCUCUAUCUCUAGUACUACUUCUUGCUUUCAGGUCCGUUUUGCCUGAUAUUUUUCUAGCCUUUCCACCAUGCUAUGUUUACUGUUUGCUUGGUAUGCCUUUUCCAUCCUUUUAAUCUAUUUGUAUCUUUAAAGAGUUUACGAUAAGAACUAAUUUAGAAGAUUGGAUAAGGAAAAAAAAAAAGCAACAACCAGCUCUGUGUUCUCCAAUUUGACAAUCUCUGUCUUUUUAUUGAAGUGUUUAUUUUCCCUGUGAAGUUUUUACAGUCAGGAUUCUGCCAUCAUUUAACAUGUUAUUCUGUGCCCUACUUUUUUCACUGUAAGUUGGGAGUUAGAUCAAGAGGUUUGAUCAGAUUCAGUAUUGUUUUGCUUUUUGGUCAUAGUGUUGUAUAUUUUUAUUAGAAGGCAGCUAAUAUCCAGCAUAGGAGUCCCUGGGUGGAGCAACCUGUAAAGUGCUCAGCUACUAGCCAAAAGGUUGGUGGUUCAAAUCUACCCAGAGGCACCUUGGAAGAAAGCCCUGGCAGUAUACUUUCAAAAGGUCAUACCCAUUGAAAGCUGUAUGGAGCACACUUCUACUCUGACGCAAAUGGAAUCACUAUGAUUUAGAAUCAGCUUAAUGGCAACUGUUUUAUUUGUUGUUGUGUCCUGCUCAAAGAUGGCGACCAACUACACUGCUGUGAAUGUGUGUCAUUGCCGUUUUUGAGUAAGGCACCACUGUUUCCUAUUCAGGUCAAAAUCUGAGGGGCAAGAGAUUUGGUUGCUGUGCAAGGCAUGUGCUGCCCUUGUUCCCAUCAACCAUGACUAAGUCGUUUACAACUAGUUCAAAGCCUGUUUUAUUUACUAGUUUUAUAGUAAUAAGUUGUUUUUUUUUUACCAUUCUCCAAAGACACCAGGGACUUUUAAAAGAAAUGUAUGUGAAUUUAUGAAAACUUAUGCCUUUUAGGUCUAACCACAAAUUUUAAAGCAGCCACUUUUUCCGCUUACCACAGGCACGUCUAUGUAAAUGUUAUUCCCUUCCCUUAUUUUUUCCACAUAGUUAAUUUUCUCUCUUAAUACGUGUUAGCUAUCUUCCUUCACCUUUUUUCUACCCUUCCUUCUUCUGCCUUCCCUUCCUUUCUUCUUUCUUUUCUUCCUUCCGUAGCUUCUGUUAUUCUCCUCAUUGAUUCUGCUUUAGUCACUUUUCCCCCCGUGUGCCUCAGGGAGCCAGGACAUACCCCAGUGGUCUCUGACCCAGUUUUUGAAAACAGCAUCUGAAAAGCGUAACUCAUUUUCGUUGUUUUUACAACUAGUUAGGCUUUUUCAGGCAGUGCCAAAUAAAAACAUAGAGGGGAAAAGUUCAAUGUUGACACUGAUCGGGUGACUACAAUUAAGCCCAACCACUUAAUGGGGACAUAAGACUUCUAGCCAGCUACAGCCAUGUAGCACUGUAUGUAUCUAGCAGAUUUGUUGGCAGGAAAAGCUAUUGUGAACUACAACCUUUCAAAAUGUAUUUUUACUAUGAAGUAAACAGUUUUUGAAUGAAGUAAGAGAGAAUUCUUAGUCUGUUUGCCCUAAUUAGUCAUCAUUAAAUUAGCCUCUGGAUUUCUUUCUUUAAGUAAAAGUUUAAUAGAUUUUUCCUCCUAAGUAAAGGGGAAAAAAAAACCCACCAAGAAAACACGACAUGUGACUCCCCAAGAAAGCACCAUAGGUAUAGUUUAAUUUAGAAAUACCCCUCUAGUUUUCUGACCAGGUUCCUAUUACCAAAGAAAUUAUUUCAUUGCCUUUUGCCUGAGUUAUUCUCAGUUGCUCCUCCAGAGGAAAUGAGUCAGAAGAAAUAGAUUUGAUGAGUAGUUCUGCCUUUGGGGACUUCUCUUGAUAUCGUGUAAAUCCAUAAGGCCUCAUUAAUGCAAGUAUUUUGACAUGUCUGCACAUUUUUUCAAUCUGCUUUUGAUAACAAGGUCUGUUUCUGGGAUACUUUAAAUUUAAAACCAUAUGCUAUGUGUAAGAUAUCAGUGCUAGAAAAUGGAGAGAGGCUAAUGGGUUCCCCAUUCUAUAGUCACCUACCUAACGUCACUCAGAAUUUUGCCAACCCGCAGGGUUCUUGGCGACAGUAUAACUCAGGGAGGGUUGUGAGAGGCACUUGUGCUGGAGUGCAUGGUGAAAAAAGGGCUGCUUUAGACAUGCAGUGGGGACAGCAGGGAAAUGUAGGAUGUGACUUAACAUUGAUCCAGGAGAGAAUAGACAUUGGGACUUUUGCUAACUUUGUCCAUGGGGGGUGAAUUCAGCAUUUACUAGUCUUAAAAACUCUAGGGUAAUUCCAGAAUUCCAUUACAUUUGAAAAUCUGAUGCCUGAUUUUUUUUAAAUAAUUUGCUUUUGUUGUUGUUAUGAAUAUACACAGAGCAUUUACCAAUUCAACAAUUUCUGCAUGUACAAUUUAGUGACAUUGAUUACAUUCUUUGAGUUGUGUAACCAUUCUCACUCUCCUUUUCUGAAGUGUUUCUCCCCCAUUAACAUAAACUCACUGUCCUCUAAGUUUCUUAUCUUUCAAGUUGCUGUUGUCAGUUUGAUCCCAUAUAGAUAGUUCUUAAAAGAGCUCUAUGUUCAAGGCAGACAUUCUUUACUAGUUAAACUAUUGUUUGUUUUUAAGAAUACUUCAGGGGGUAUUUUUGGUUUAAGGUUUAAAGAUUAUCUCAGGGCAAUAGUUUCAGGGGUUCAUCUACCCUUCAUGGCUCCAGGAAAUCUGGAUUCAAUGAGAAUUUGAAAUUCUAUUCUGCAUCCUCCUUUUGAUCAGGAUUCUUCUAUACGAUCUUUGAUCAAAAUGUUGAGUAAUGGUAACUGGGCACCAUCCAGCUCUUCUGGUCUCAUAGCAAAGAGUUGUUCAUGGUGGCAAUUAGCCUCACAUUCCACUUCCCCUUCCUGUUCCUGACUCUUUUUUUUCUGUUAUUCCAGGUGAAUAGAGACUAAUUGUUGUGUCUUGAAUGGCAGCUUGCAAGCUUUUAAGACCCUAGACACUACAUAAUGAACUAGGAGGUAAAAUAGAAGCACUAAAUAUGAUAUUAGGCCAGUUAUCUGGGAUGCCCCAUGAAACCAUGACCCUAAACAUCCAAACCAGGAAACUAAAUUCCAUGAGGUGUUUGGUUGUACAAAAUGCAGCCUCAGCAGCUACUUUUUUUUUUUUUUCAUUUUUAUAAAUAUAUCUAUCACACUUUUGCCAAUUCAGCUUUUUACAGGUGUACAACUUAUUGACAGCAAUUAGAUUAAUAGGCUGUGCAACCCUACCCUUAAUCAAUGAGAUUUUCCAUCAUUGUAGACCAAAAGUCAGUACUCCAUAAGCAAUAAUCCCCCCCUUUCCCCCUCUCUCCCAUCCCUGGUAACUGCUAAUAAACUUUGGUCUCUACACAUGUGCUUGUUCUUAUCUUUUUAUAUAAGUGAGGUCGUACAGUAUUUGUUUUGUGAUUGACUGAUUUCACUCAGCGUAAUGUCUUCAAGAUCCAUCCAUAUUGUAACAUGUAUCAAUACUUCAUUUCUCUUACUGGCUGAAUAGUAUUCCAUUGUGUGUAUGUAUCACAUUUUGUUUAUCCAUUGAUCCAUUGGUGGACAUUUAGGUUGUUUCUGCUUUUUGACCAUUGUUAAUAGUGCUACAAGGAACAUUGGUAUACAAGUAUCUGUUUGAGUCUCUGCUUUCAAGUCUUUUGGGUAUAUACCUAGGAGUGGAAUUGCUGGGUCAUAUGGUAAUGCUAUUUUUAGUUUUUUGAGGAACCACCACACUGUUUUCCACAACAACUGUACCAUUUUGCAUUUCCACUAGCAGUGGAUUAGAUGUAUAUGAUAUAUGUAUAUAUUCUUUUUGUUACCAUAAGGCUCUAAGAGUUUAAUGAUCACAAUGACAUAUGUAAGAAAAUUUGAUAAAUAUUAAACAUAAAAAGUAAUGUGUUAUUUAAAAUACAUCUUUUAAUGAAAUGGAUAGUGUUUAUGGUGAUUUGGUUAAAGAAAUUUGAAUAUCUUAUCAUUUGUUUGGUGGGCAGAGAUUUUUAUACCCUGUGAUAAUGCACCAUGUUAAAAUCUGUGAAGGACCUGAGAUUUUACCCUACUUGCAAGCUAAUAAGUUAACCUGCCACAGUUUCAUGGACACUGGUAGAAGACAUGAGACUCCAGGGUCAGAGUCAAAGGACAGGUUAUUACUCACUGCAGUAGUGGUACCCAGAAGAAUAUUACCAUUUUUGCAUUGGUUCCCUGAGCCCAAAUUCACACAGAGGCAAUAUGGAUGGGACCAGAUCAAUGCCUGCUCAUGCAGUGGUUUGCAAUUCAGAAGAGGAAUUCUAGCCUUAGGGUAGCCAGAUCUUUUGUAAUGGGUAGUAAGCAUGCCUUCCAUUUGUUCUAGAGGGAGACAUUAUCUUUAUUAUUCUGAAUAGUAAGCAUGCCUGCUCUUUACUUUAGAGGGAGACACUAUGUCUGUCUUCCAAGGAUGUUCAUGACAUUGAAAGAUAGUCAAGAACUAAGGGCAGUUACUGCCUUGCUCUCAAGACCUGCAGAAAUUGGGAGGGCAGCGGGUAGGGACGUGGAAGAUUGUCUCCUAAUAUACCAUAGUAAGUUUAUGGUGGAGAGGUGAGUUUGUUUUUAAGCAAGAGAAGGACAGCUAUUAAAGGGGAAGGUAGAAAGGAAAAGCUUAACCUACUAAAGGCAACUUCCCAGAUUCAUUUUGGGAAAGAGUUUAUCUGGAAGUUAAGGACCAGGAAAUUGAAUCCCUUAAAAUUGUUCAUAUUCUGUAUGUCUUGGAAAAUAUUCACAUACCCCAGGUACAAGGAUUCCAGUCUGAAGAUGACUAUUAUAAGAAAGUUGGAGGUGUAUCUGGGCUCUUGGUCUUUGGGAGUAGCUAUACCCAGUAGCAGCUCUGAAGCAUUGGUGGUGAUGUAAUGCCCUUCCUAUUUUCCUGAACCUUCAGAGAGCCUUUGCUAAAAGUUGCAAUUUGGCUGAGCUGUGUCAUGAGAGAACUGAGAAGGGGAUCUGCCUGUGCUUGAGUUGAAGCAGAAUAGGGGAGGCCAGCAGUAGCUGGAGGGAGAUGGAGUCCAGAAAUUGCAGGAGGUGAACUGUAGCAGAGCUAUGGGCAGCCUGUGCACAGAGAGCAUGGAUUGGUCUGGAGACAGAUGAGUGGCUGAUGGAGCAGACAACUGGGGUGGAUUCCUGACUUCCAGAAAUAGUGAGGAAAGGAAUUUGUCAAGAGCCUGGAAUUCCUGUAGCUAAGCAGGAUGUGGAGUUGGAGUUUUCUUAAAUUAGGUAUUAAUAAAUAAAUGUGAUCUCCUUUUACACUCCCAUUGGUAAGGUCUAGACAUGGCAGUUAACCUUUUUGGCCAAAUUGCAUAUGGCUAAAUUGAUGUCGAAUCAUAUAGUUCCACAGGAAACUGUUAAUGCAGACACAGCAAAUUAUUUGCAUAAUUUUUCAGCUAUGCUUUUCAAUAACAAGGUCAAUUUCUGUGAUAUAUUUCUAACCAUCUGGUCUAGCAAGUAUAUUUGUCCUUAAAAAAGUGACUUUUAAAGUAUUUUUAAAAUGUUAUUUUUAGUUUAAAACAAAAACAAAAAACCAGCACAGCUCUUCUCCAGGAGCAAUAAUGUUUCAUCUUAUCAAAGUUGAGCCUCUGAAGUCUUGCUUAUUUUUUAUAAAGGAUGGGUGAUAUUGAGGAAAGGAAGAAAAGUUUCUUGGCUAUGUCCUCAGGGAAUUAACUUCCAAAGAAGUGGGACUUAGAGCUGUUGCAGAGACACCUAGCUUCCGAAAAAAAAAACAACUUUUUUUUGGUAUAGAUGUGUGAAAACUACUACUAAUGAGAAUUGUGACAACAUUAAAAAAAUAUUAAUCACUUAGCAGCUGGUAAGAAAACUCUUGGAGAAAGUAUUAAGUGUUUGGAAGACAGUCCGAUGAGAAACAUGGAAUAGAAUUAGUCUGGUUACCUAUAGGGCUUUUGUUUUGCAUCCCGGAGGAAGAAUGAGGGACAGAAGGGAUUGCUGGGUAUAACAGAGAAGGGAGCCAAGAGGAUGGACCCUGCCUGAUAGAAAAGACCCUUAGAGACACCUGCAGAGCCAGGGACAUUGGAGAAAAAUGCAUAAGGGGCAGUCUCUAAGGCUGUUAGUUGUGAGUUCAUGUUGUAAGCCUCUCGUCUGUCCACUUUAACACCUUUAGUAACUCCUGUGAGUAGGUUUUCUUGGAGGGUCCAAGAGGGGUUAUGACUUCAAAGGAAGAAGGGACAGUUAGCAUCUCAGUUAUAUGUUAGUGUAGGCAGUAUUUUCUUUCUUUCUCCUGUUCCUUAAGUUACAGGAGAAAAGGAACAGCAACAUGUACUUUCAUUAAUCAACCAAGAAGUCUUUAAUAUCUGCCCAGGGCUUGCUGACUCAUCAGAUGGUGAUGGUAACUUAAAUUUAUCAUCCCUGUGUACUGAUUACAUAAAAACCAAAAAAAGCCAAACCCAUUGCUGUCGAGUCGAUUCUGACUCACAGCAACCCUAUAGGACAGAGUAAAACUGCCCCACAGGAUUUCCAAGGACCGCCUGGUGGAUUUGAACUGCCGACCUUUUUUUUGGUUAGCAGCCAUAGCUCUUAACCACUGCCACCAGGGUUUCUAUUGAUAACAUAAGAAGGUGAUAAUGGAAAGAAAGGCAAAAUGUGACCAGUGUUCUAAGUUUUAACAGAAAGGUAAGCCAAAAGUAAGGUGUGCUGCUGAAUUUUAAAAAAGGAAAAGAGGGAAAAACCAUAUAAAGGGGAAGAAUUCAGUAUAACUGUCUUUUCCUUUUAGCUCUUGUGCCAAUACAAAGAGGUGUACAGCAGAUGUGAAAUUGUUGUUAUUGCUGUUAGCUGCUGUCAAAUCAGCCCCCCAACUCAUGGAGACCCCAUGUACAAAAGAACAAAAUGCUACCCGGUCCUGCGCUGUCCCCAUGAUGACUUGCCGAUUGGAUUGUUGUGAUCCAUUGAGUUUUCACUGGCUGAUUUUCAGAAGUAGAUGGUUGUAUCUUUCUUUCUAGUCCAUCUUAGUCUGAAAGCUCAGCCUAAACCCGUUCAGCAUCGUAGCUACAUGCAAGCCUCCAUUGACAGACAGGUGGUGGCUGCGCUAGGCCCAUUGGCCAGGAAUCGAACCUGGGUCUCCAGCAUGGAAAGCAAGAAUUCUACCACUGAAACACCAUCUCCCCCAGCCCUACACCCCCAGGUGUGGAAUUAGGUGUAUAUUAAAGAGGAAAGGAAAAAAAGAAGUCAAACAAAACAUAAAGUGAGGAAGGAAAAAGAAAAGAUUAGUAAAGAGAGUUGCUAAAGCACUAGGAAACAAAGGUACUUUUUGAUAUUUUGGUCAGUGCCACCGGCUUAUGAAGUAAGUGUACAAGACCCCCUUCAUUCUACUGUUUUCCAGUUAAACAAAAGCAAGAAGGCCUUUUUGGAGAAUCUGGUAUCUCCUCCCUGUCUUCACUGGGUAUAUGAGAACCUAUUCAAUUCUAGCUCCCAGCUUAUUCAGCCACAAUCCUGUCACUAUGUUUUUGAAGCUUUUUGUGAAAAACACGUCCCAUGCACCCUAACAAAGGUAAUCACUUCUAAUGAAAACAAAAGUAUCCUCAAGCCUUUUAUUUCCCUUUUACGUUUUGUAGGCACAAUUUUAAAAAAUUUUCUAGUAUCUUGGUUUCUUCUGCUUAUACAUUGUCUUUUUGCAUACACCACGGUAAAGGCAUCAAGUAUCUUAAUUAUCUAAGACUAACAACAUUUUAAUGAGUAUCAGCAAGGCACUAUAUUAGACAAUGUUGUAGUUUCUUAACAUUGUUGAAAUCUUGGCAUUGUUUUUAUUUUGUUUUCUAGUUGGUAGGUUUUUUUUGUUUUUACCUCUUUUGGGUCUGAAAUCUCUAGAGAGGCUCUCUACAUCAAUCAAGAAGCCUAACUGCAAAAUCUCUUUGGCAAAGAUUUUUGGGCAUGAGAGUAGCUUGCAAGUAGCCAGUAGAGGGCAGUACUAAAGCAAAACUUUGCCGGCUCCGGAGCUGUGGCUUCGCUUCCGGUGCAGCUUGGCUUCUUUGGACAGUGGGAAGCUGAGCAGCGCAGGGGUUAUUAUAAAACUCACCAUUUUUAGUGUUUAAACUUGGAGCUUUAAUGACUACUCUUGUAGAGACAGGUAUUCAGGCAAGAGUUGCCUCAAGAGAUGAGUCAGAAACCGUACUGUCAUUUCCAUUGAAUUCCAAAGUGUUUCCUCAUCUGGUGACUGUGUGGUGAGCUUCUACUGACUCAGAACCAUUCACAAAUCUGUGAGAACCAGUUCUCCGCCGCUUAAUUACUGAGACUUUGUUGUUGUUGUUCUAAGACUCAUGCUAGAAGGGUGAAUAGAGAGGACUUAACACUUUUUUGGGGGAAAAGGAAGUCCCAAACGCUUUGGCUUUGUAUUCCAAGUGUGCACCUCCGCCUCAGAAAAAUGUCCAUGAACCACAAACGAAAUUUGU